AUGACCUGGGUGGCCCAGAUGGCCAGGAUGCUCUGGGCGUGCACCAGGCCGGGGUUGCCCAGGUAGUCCAGUCCGCCCUCGCUGAAGAUCUGGGACCCGGCCUUGAACCACACGGCCUCGCCGAACUUGACGCCGUUGCGGGCGAGCAGCUCCGGGAAGACGCAGCCCAGGGCGCCGAGCAUGGCCCAGCGGGAGUGGAUGACCUCCAGCUCCCGGUUCUUGGCGAAGGUCUCGGGGUCGGCGGAGAGGCCGGCGGUGUCCCAGCCGUAAUCGCCGGGGAACUCGCCGGUGAGGUAGGAGGGGGCCUCGCCGGAGAAGGGGCCCAGGUACUUGACGCGGUCGGGGCCGUACCAGGGGCUGCCGGAGGAGACGGGCUUGGGCUUGGCAGCGGUCUUCCUCAUGGAGAUCCUCCCCUCACCGAGGACCUCGGAGGCGGCGGGGGCGAGCUUGACCGCCUUCCCGGCGAGAGAAGGUGAGGAGAGGGCCAUGGUGGCUGCCAUUGUGACGGUGAAGGUGAGUUGUGAAGUGAAUGCGAGGAUGAGUUCUGGCGUUCGAGGUGAGGAGGUAGAGUUCUCGUGUCUUCGACUAAAUACUACGGAGAAUGGAGAGGAAGAUGAGGUCCUUAUCCGUUGAUAUCUACUGACCUCACGCCAUUGGCUCUGUUCACCACUUGUUUGAUACGAGUACUCACGGGGAGGAUGCUCCUCCACAUGUUUAGAUACUUCGCUAUACGAGGCAGGCAUUUGCCCGUUGUGAGCCACAAAUGUAGAUACUUUCUUCCACGUGGAAGGUCGAUUCACCUUGGGGACAUAUAUUCCGUGAUUUCCUCUCUCGGGCUAAUUUCACGUAUUAGUUAUGGAAAAUAUAUGAUGUUUUACUCCCUAGCCGCAAAAAGUACUGACAAAAGCUCAAGUUAUUCCCUCCCUCACUCCCAUAUCGACUGAAUUAGGCCUGGAGCAGUUUUGCUAUCCAAUCUAUGUUAUACAAAACCAGCUACGGUUCGACUUUGACUCAUUUUUAUCAAAUUUUCUGAAAAUCAAGCCAAGACGAAUAAAUAGACUUUGCUCGGCCUCAUCAGCAGUAACUCAUAGUUGUCAGAAUAUCACUCACAUAAUUCCCUCUCUCUCUCUCUCUCUCUCUCUCUCUCUCUCUCUCUGUGUCUCUCCCUAUGUCUCUCUGUUCGACUGUAUCUUUGAAAAACUGGGUCUGGUAAGCUUCUUGUUGCCCAUUGUUUGAACAAGUUCCUGGAGAUGAACAAAGUCCUGACCUUGGGAAAGAUACCCGAUCUGGGCCUCAGCUUUGAAAGGCUCCGAUCUGCCCUUGGCCUAAAGAUGCUCCAAAUUCAGAUCUGGUAAAAUUUUAAAUCCGAAUCUCUUGAUAAUGGAUUAACGACAUCAUUGUCUAUUUCAUUAACAUACUUAUCUAAAGUAAGGAGUGCCUAUUUACCUGUAAUUUUUAUGUUUUGAUUGAUUCUGGAAACAGAUUGAUUUCUAAAUUCUCAAAGAAAAAUUGUUUCCAUGGAAACCCAAAUUAUUAUCACACGAACUAAUUUCAAUCUGAAUAGCGUUUUCCGUAGAAUAGGUCGUCUUCAUUCCUCAGCUUUUCUUUCUUUCCGCCGGAUUGGUAUGAUCGCUACUUAGUCUGUGCUAAGAUACAAGGAUACCGCUGGACAGAGAAGGAGAGCCGUGAGUUUCCAGAUAAUAACCUAUAACAUUUUUUGGCUAAUAGUAAAUCCAAAAGUUUUAUCAUGUGCGCAACCUCAUGGACUUCGAUAAAAGAUGUCGAAUCACACAGCAACCCACAUUAUAUCAUGCAUCACCGUUUGUGCCUUUCUAGCAUCUAAAAUUUCAGACACCAAGACCCAAGAUUUGUUGUUGCCAAAUUUCCCCUUUCAGCCAUGAAGAGCUUGGAAAAUUAAAAGUAAAAUGGGAAAAAAAUAAUAACACCACUUCAUAGUGCUAAUUUACAAGCCGAAACUCGGAUGCUCCAACUGGAAAUAGGUGAUCAUCUAGGACAGACGUCCAACAGCAAUGCUGAGAACAAGCUUCAUUUGCCGGGGACGAAGUUGGUGGCGUAGGCCCAGGCGUUGUUGUUGACGGGAUCGGCGAGGUGGUCCGCUAGGUUCUCCAGCGGACCCUUCCCGGUGACGAUGGCCUGAACGAAGAAACCGAACAUGGAGAACAUGGCCAGUCUCCCAUUCUUCAGCUCCUUCACCUUCAGCUCCGCAAAGGCCUCGGGGUCGUCGGCCAGACCCAGCGGGUCGAAGCUGCCGCCGGGGUACAGCGGGUCGGUGACCUCGCCCAGUGGCCCGCCGGCGACGCGGUAGCCCUCGACGGCGCCCAUGAGGAUGACCUGGGUGGCCCAGAUGGCCAGGAUGCUCUGGGCGUGCACCAGGCCGGGGUUGCCCAGGUAGUCCAGUCCGCCCUCGCUGAAGAUCUGGGACCCGGCCUUGAACCACACGGCCUCGCCGAACUUGACGCCGUUGCGGGCGAGCAGCUCCGGGAAGACGCAGCCCAGGGCGCCGAGCAUGGCCCAGCGGGAGUGGAUGACCUCCAGCUCCCGGUUCUUGGCGAAGGUCUCGGGGUCGGCGGAGAGGCCGGCGGUGUCCCAGCCGUAGUCCCCGGGGAAUUCGCCGGUGAGGUAGGAGGGGGCCUCGCCGGAGAAGGGGCCCAGGUACUUGACGCGGUCGGGGCCGUACCAGGGGCUGCCGGAGGAGACGGGCUUGGGCUUGGCGGCGGUCUUCCUCAUGGAGAUCCUCCCCUCACCGAGGACCUCGGAGGCGGCGGGGGCGAGCUUGACCGCCUUCCCGGCGAGAGAAGGUGAGGAGAGGGCCAUGGUGGCUGCCAUUGUGAUGGUGAAGACGGGUGGUGUAGCGAGAGCGAGGAUGAGUUCUGGCGUUCGAGGUGAGGAGAUAGCGGCCUGAUUCGUCUGUUUAAGUAACGUUGGCGAGAUGGGAGAAGAAGAGAUGGGGUUCCGUCCGGUGAUAUCCCGUCAGCUCGUGUUAUUGGCCUUGCCCGAAAGUUGUUUGAUAGAUUUGGUGGGAGGCAUUCUGCCAGCCACGGGUUCAGAUGCUCUCGCUCUGUGGGCCGUCGUGGCACAUGUAGGCACAGUCCGCACCACACGCUAGGAUUCUUCCGUCUACGGAGCAAACAGGCUCACUUGGUGCACCAUCAAGUUUGUUAUUCCACAAUGGCUAUUAGAUAUCUCCGUGUUCUCAUCUCUGGUUCCACGUACAUCUUCUGGGUAACCACGUAUGACAAAAGUAGCAAAGAUCAAGAAGGAAUAUAAAAUAUUAUCUCGACUAAAAAUGACUGAAAACCAACUUGAGGAUAUGAGAAAAAAUGUGAUAUAAUAAGGAGAGCAACUUGAUGCAAGGAUCUAGUCAAGAAGACUAUCAAGACCCUACAAAUGCCCUACUGAAAUAUGCCUCUACAAAGUCCAGAAAUUUUUGUAGAUUAGAUGCCUCACAGCCCAUAAGAAGAUAUAUCAUACGCAGUUAUCUCCAGUCUGCAAUCAAUCUUCUAUUUGUUGUAUAAUCCACCUCGGAUAUAACCUACAACCUGCUACUAUAGUGUGCAGGUCACUGCUUCUAUUUGUCCCGACAGAAGAGGCCACACUCUGUUUUUGGGCUUGUUGUAAGUCCAUAAUUAUUGAGAUAUUAAGCAAUAACUCAACAAUGUAGAUGCGUGUGCUUGCACAUGUUGGUGGCCAGAGCUAUAUGCUCAUUGGUGUGUGCACUCGAGCGUGGGCGUGAGGUGUACUCGUGUUGGGGUGUGUGGGCGCCUUGCCCGAGUGGUAAAAUUUAGUGUGCAUGCAUGCUCUGUGUGACACAUCUGCAUCAUCCGCGGAAAAUAGUCUUAUAAAAUAAACAUUUUCAUUUCUCCUCCUAACUCGAAGGCACAAUUUGAUGGCUUCCUCUUGCUAGAGCUAGCAUAUUAUCAUCCUACCCAUUGAUAUUCCGUACGGAUAGGACUUCGAUGAAGUCUAACGAUUCUUUUAAUUUAAAUGAAUAAAGAAAUACGGAAUAAUGAUGUACAUGGGCCAGAUCGACCAGGCCUCAACAACCCUGGCAUGAUCCCGAUAUCGAUUUCCUGCCACCAGUCCACUCUACGUGUGAACAUAGACGUCAUGGUGGCUGCCAUUGUGAUGGUCAAGGGGACCUUCGGAGCAACUGUGGGAAGAAAUUGUUGUGCUCGAGUUGAGGAGGCUGGUCGCAUCACUAGGGGUGUCACGGCAGGGUUCCGACGUCUUUGGCUGAAAACGAUGAGAUCCUGUCUGGCGAUAUCUACGUCCGACUUGCAUUUGAUCGCUCCCAUACUGAUGGAUGGUUCCACUUGGAGGGAGUGCUGUGGCAGACGAAUCCGUCACAUUCACCACGAGUUCUGAUGUCCUCUGUAACGUGGCAGAUUGGCGCACUUCCUCCACGGAUUUUACAGGUUCCCUGUUGGCUUCCCUCUUUCAACGUGCGUGUGUGUCUCUCUAUUUGUUAUCUUUCAAGCCACACUUGAUUUUGUGGACUGGGAGGGUUAAAUCUAUCGGGUUGACUUUAGAUUUUCUCAUGGGCUGCUAAAUCAGGUUGAAUGAGCAAUGUAGGCUUGGCCCAACUUUAGGUAUAUCCUUCCAAUUCCCUUGACACACCAAUUUUCCACUGGAUACCUUGUCACGUCUAACAUCCAACCACACUCUCACAUUCGACAGUCACUUUUUCCCCAACACGUUAUGAAAAAGAUUACCCAUUAUCAAUCCAAUCCAUUAUUGUAAUCAAUGUGAAUAGAUGAUGAAGACAACGUAUGAUGCAGGCAGUUCCAUUAUGUCCAACUCAACAUCAUCAAUGAUGUUAAAAUAUUGGAUCACACUAAUAUUGAGUAUGGUUUUCUGAUAUUCUAGUUUUAUCCUUUUGAAAAUGGGGAACCAUGAAAGUAGUUUCAUAUGGAUUGGUUAUUUCGAUCUUAUAUUGAAUGUAUGAAAUGGAAACAUAUAAUUUUUUUAAUGAUUAAUGUAAGAAUAGUGGGUUAUAUUUAGGUCAAGGUACCAUAAAUGAAUUAUUUUAAUACCAAAAAGAUAUAAAUAUGUUUCAAGAAAAACAUGAAGUACCAUGAAAAUUUUUACACGAUGUUUAGUUAUGGACAUUGCUAGAAAAAUAGGGUAAGUUUCAUAAGGUUCAAUAAUUGAAGCAUAAAUGUCGAUGAAUGUAUAAAAUUGGAAAACAUUUUACUCAAGGGUUGAGAUCCAUGGAAAAUAAGUUUGCAGUUGAAAUGCAAGCAUUGACCCUUUAAUUAGUGCCAACAUGUAAGAUAUAAGAUUGAGAGUACAAUGUUACUUGAAUGGCAAGGUGUCAACAUCAAUCAUUAGAUACAAAUGUUCACACUUUGAAUGUUUACACUUAAUGUUCACACUCUCAAUGGCUUUCAUAAAAAAUGAGUAAUUAGAAAAAAAAUGAAUAACUAGACAUUUUUAUUACAAUCAGUCUGAGGCUAAGUUAUAAAAGACCCUUGAUAUUGAAGCCCCCUUAAAAAUCCAACAAAGUAUUUAAAUUAUCUCACCAACAUCCAACUAGCCCUCCAAGGUUUUACCUACAUUUUUAGUUUCAUUGAACGUCUCAUAAAUUGAUCUAUUUUUUUAUUAAUUAUUUGUAAAAGGUUAUCACUUAACAAAGCUUGACGUUCUAAAAAUGUUUGGUAAGAACCUUAGGAAGCGGAUGUGUAAAGAAUUUCAGGUUAAGCCAAUUGGACAGCUUGAAGAACUAAGUACGUCAAGCUGUAGUCUAAAUGACUAUUUUUUUUGGUAUCCUUAUCCUCAAUUAUGUUUAGAAGAUAUUAUAUUUUCAUACCAAUUUCCUAUAAGUUAUCCAGUUCACCUCCUAAUAUAAAUCUUACUCGUCAACUAAGAUCUUCAUAAUAUGCAUCUGUAAUACAUAUUCAAUAAAAACAACUACAAAAAAAUGUCUUCUUUUAUAAAUUACCAGAAAAGGUCACUAAUGAAAAUGAUAAAUAUAUCAAUACGACCUCUAAUAUUUUAUUAUCACUAGCCCUUUAAGUAUGGCACCCAUUUUCACCCUAGAAACAAUGUUUAAAGAAAAAUGAAUUCCCUUACCCCCCCCCCCCCCCUCCCAACCCCCCAAUUUCUCUCCUUCAAAUUAGUUAAGAAAUAUUAUUUAAUAGUUAAAGAGCACAUCUCAUUUGUGGAAGAGUUUUCACUGUAUGCACAAAAAGCUGUUUUACACAAGGCAUGUGGCAUUUAACAAUCAAAUAAAUAGAUUGUGAAGCCAAAACAAUCAUAAUAGACCGUGAAUUAAAAUCUAUUGAGAUCUAUCUAGAAUUUAAUUAAACGAAGAGUACCAAAGUUGUGUUUCUACUUUCAAAUAUGUAAGUAUUGUAAAGUAUGUCCUAUUUGUGUGAUGCUAAGCGAAAAUAUAAUAUGUGACGCUAAAGUAGACGAUCAUUGACUUUGAUGCAAUAAUAUACUUUUUGGAUAUACAACUCAAAACAAAAGGGGAAAAUAAAAUCGAGUAGCCUCUUCUUUAAAACUUAGUAUAUUCAUUUUUCUUUAAUGUAAAGUUGUUCUCACUCAAGACCCACAAUACCAAAGGGUUCGGGCUUCCGAUGACUGUGACCCCACCAUUACUCAUCUCGACAUUGGAUUCCUAUAAAACUGAUACCCCCACAUUCUGUAUAUGAGAUGCGCAACCGUAAAGUUUUACAAUCUGUCCAAGUAAUUUUUUUCAUGCUGUUCUGCGUAUAUCUCGUCAUAAUAAUGCUACUUAUCAGUUGAGAUAAAGUGAUGGAUUGCUAGAAGAAAACAUAAGUUGACAGUAAAAUAUAACUAGUCAAAACAACUAGUUUACAAUCCGGCGCUUGAUCCCAAAGCCGACACACAGCCCCCCUCAUGAACGAUUAGCUCGGAGGGAGAUCCGCCGAGGCAACAACGCUGAGUUCUGGCAAGCUUCAUUUGCCGGGGACGAAGUUGGUGGCGUAGGCCCAGGCGUUGUUGUUGACUGGAUCGGCGAGGUGGUCCGCCAGGUUCUCCAGCGGACCCUUCCCGGUGACGAUGGCCUGCACGAAGAAACCGAACAUGGAGAACAUGGCCAGUCUCCCAUUCUUCAACUCCUUCACCUUCAGCUCCGCGAAGGCCUCGGGAUCGUCAGCCAGACCCAGCGGGUCGAAGCUGCCGCCGGGGUACAGCGGGUCUGUGACCUCGCCCAGUGGCCCGCCGGCGACGCGGUAUCCCUCGACGGCGCCCAUGAGGAUGACCUGGGUGGCCCAGAUGGCCAGGAUGCUCUGGGCGUGCACCAGGCUGGGGUUACCCAGGUAGUCCAGGCCGCCCUCGCUGAAGAUCUGGGACCCGGCCUUGAACCACACGGCCUCGCCGAACUUGACGCCGUUGCGGGCGAGCAGCUCCGGGAAGACGCAGCCCAGGGCGCCGAGCAUGGCCCAGCGGGAGUGGAUGACCUCUAGCUCACGGUUCUUGGCGAAGGUCUCGGGGUCGGCGGAGAGGCCGGCGGUGUCCCAGCCGUAAUCGCCGGGGAACUCGCCGGUGAGGUAGGAGGGGGCCUCGCCGGAGAAGGGGCCCAGGUACUUGACGCGGUCGGGGCCGUACCAGGGGCUGCCGGAGGAGACGGGCUUCGGUUUGGCGGCGGUCUUCCUCAUGGAGAUCCUCCCCUCACCGAGGACCUCGGAGGUGGCGGGGGCGAGCUUGACCGCCUUCCCGGCGAGAGAAGGUGAGGAGAGGGCCAUGGUGGCUGCCAUUGUGAUGGUGAAGGCGAGUAGUGUAGCGAGAGCGAGGAUGAGUUCUGGCGUUCGAGGUGAGGAAACAGCGCGCCGAUCCUUUUGGUUAAAUACUGCCAGAGAGCCGAGACUUGCCAAUGGAUUCUAUCCCGUUAUCUAUUUGGAUCGCGCCAUCAUUUCCUCCCGUCAUCUGUUCGACGGAUUUCCUUACAAUGGCGGACGCCAGCGCCACUCACAUUCAGAUCCUCUCGUUGCCUCGUAGUUAGAUACUUCCACCUUCGUGGCAGAUGGGCGCAUCAUAUGCACCACAAGUUUAGAUACUUCCAUCCACGUGGCAGAUACGAGUCCUUGUUCCAUUUUUUAUCCUUCUUUCCCUUGACACGCGCGUCUCCUAUUGCCCGCCGCUCCACGAUUUCGUCGAAAUAAGGCCUUACGAAAAAUCAGAAUAUCGGUUAUCACUUUCUACCACUUUCUAUAACAAUUUCAAAAGAUCAAAAAAUUAGAAACUAGGGAACACAUUAAGAUAAAUAUACAAGAAUUAUGAUUUUUGAAAUAUGAGGUACUUUGGUUAUCCUAAACUUCAAAAAAACUCAAAUUUCCAUGUUGUCACAUAACUAUCCACUUUAAUUUUCUUAGCUAUAUUUUUCCACUACCAAUUACACGAAUUAAAGUCAUCGAAAUGUUGGAGAAUAGGGGACCCUCCAAGACAAUGUCCUUCACAAUCACAAUCCCACGUCAAAGGCUGAACCAUUUAAUUAAAUUCGAUUAUGUGGUUACAAACAAAUGAGUAGAUGGGCACAUCUAUUUAUGUGCCAAAAAUAAAAUCUCUAUCAAUGUAUGAUGCGUGAGUGGUGCGUUAGUCCCACACAAGAGUGCCGGCCAAGUGAAUUUUAUAUGACCACUACCAAUUACACUAAUCAAAUUCAUCGAAAUGUUCAAGAAUGGGACGGGCCCUCCAAGAUAUUCAUCCCAUCACAAUAUUACAGCGAAGAGUGAUCCAUUUAAUUAAGUUAGAUUAAGUGGUGACAAAUAAAUACAUAGCUGGGAAAAAAAUGUCCGCAUCUAUGAAUGUAUGAUGCAGGUGUAGUGAUUCAGUCUUAUACGAGAGUGCCAACAUUGUCAACUAACCAAAAAAGGAGAUGUAGCUUGUGUCGCCACUUUCAUCCUGCGAAUUUGAAAGUGCCACUAGCACCUUCACCUCCAUCUUUGACUUAAUUAAUCUACGGUGAAAUAUUACGUUUAGAAAGUUCUUUAUAUUCUCAUGAACUAAUUGUCUAAUACCAAGAAACAAAUAAUUUCUGCAACAUCUCUCUCUCCCUCCACUCUCAAAAAGAUAAAGUUGACAUCGGAGGUAAUUGCAUCAAAGCCAACGCCUACCAUUAAAUAUAAUAAUCAUGCUCUGACGGGAGCUCAGCGUUUCCUAACAUGGUUGGUUGAACGUUACUACUCUUAAUGCUAUUAUGCUCAUAUCUCCGAAGAAUAAUAAUAAUUAUAAUCAUUUGGGACGAGGGGAUGAAAGGCCGGAAGAAUUCGACAUAAAUUGACAGUAAAAUAUAACUAGUCAAAACAAAUAGUUUACAAUCCCAAAGCCGACACACUCCCUCCCUCAUGAACGAUUAGCUCGGAGGGAGAUCCGCCGAGGCAACGACGCGCAGAUCCGGCAAGCUUCAUUUGCCAGGGACGAAGUUGGUGGCGUAGGCCCAGGCGUUGUUGUUGACGGGAUCGGCGAGGUGGUCCGCCAGGUUCUCCAGCGGACCCUUCCCGGUGACGAUGGCCUGAACGAAGAAACCGAACAUGGAGAACAUGGCCAGUCUCCCAUUCUUCAGCUCCUUCACCUUCAGCUCCGCGAAGGCCUCGGGAUCGUCAGCCAGACCCAGCGGGUCGAAGCUGCCGCCGGGGUACAGCGGGUCUGUGACCUCGCCCAGUGGCCCGCCGGCGACGCGGUAUCCCUCGACGGCGCCCAUGAGAAUGACCUGGGUGGCCCAGAUGGCCAGGAUGCUCUGGGCGUGCACCAGGCUGGGGUUACCCAGGUAGUCCAGGCCGCCCUCGCUGAAGAUCUGGGACCCGGCCUUGAACCACACGGCCUCGCCGAACUUGACGCCGUUGCGGGCGAGCAGCUCCGGGAAGACGCAGCCCAGGGCGCCGAGCAUGGCCCAGCGGGAGUGGAUGACCUCUAGUUCCCGGUUCUUGGCGAAGGUCUCGGGGUCGGCGGAGAGGCCGGCGGUGUCCCAGCCGUAGUCGCCGGGGAACUCGCCGGUGAGGUAGGAGGGGGCCUCGCCGGAGAAGGGGCCCAGGUACUUGACGCGGUCGGGGCCGUACCAGGGGCUGCCGGAGGAGGCGGGCUUGGGCUUGGCGGCGGUCUUCCUCAUGGAGAUCCUCCCCUCACCGAGGACCUCGGAGGCGGCGGGGGCGAGCUUGACCGCCUUCCCGGCGAGAGAAGGGGAAGAGAGGGCCAUGGUGGCUGCCAUUGUGAUGGUGAAGACGGGUGGUGUAGCGAGAGCGAGGAUGAGUUCUGGCGUUCGAGGUGAGGAGAUAGCGGCCUGAUUCGUCUGUUUAAGUAACGUUGGCGAGAUGGGAGAAGAAGAGAUGGGGUUCCGUCCGGUGAUAUCCCGUCAGCUCGUGUUAUUGGCCUUGCCCGAAAGUUGUUUGAUAGAUUUGGUGGGAGGCAUUCUGCCAGCCACGGGUUCAGAUGCUCUCGCUCUGUGGGCCGUCGUGGCACAUGUAGGCACGGUCCGCACCACACGCUAGGAUUCUUUCGUCUACGGAGCAAACAGGCUCACUUGGUGCACCAUCACGUUUGUUAUUCCACGGCACCUAUUAGAGAUCUCCCCCGUCCCCAGCGUCUCUUUCUGCCUACAUCUUCUCGGUACUUACUACCUUCGUAUAGAUGCGGGUGUUUGCACGAGCGAGUUGGUGUGGGAUGUAUGUGCAGUUGUGGGAGACCAGAGCUAUGCGCUCCUCGGUGUGUGCACGCUUGCGUGGUCGAGAGGUGUGCUCGUGUGGGGUUGUGUGCGCGUAUGCACGCGUUACGCUAGUAGUAAAAUUUCGACUACGUGUUUGCUCGCUGUAUGACACAUUUACGCGGAAAAUAGUCUAAUAGAAUAAAUAUUUUCAUUUCUUCUCCUAACCUCUAAUCUGAAUUUGAUUGCUUCUCUUGCUUGAAUUAGCCUAUUAUCACCCUACGCAUUGACAUUCCCUGCGACAAGGGCUUGGAUGAAGUACAACUUUUUUUAUUUAAAUAUUUUAAAUAAAUACGGAGUAAUAAUCUACGCGGGCCAGAAAUACCAAGUCUGGCGUGAUCCCGACAUUGAUUAUGCCACAAUUCCACCCUACGCGUGAACAUAGAGCUCCAACCGCCACGUCUCAAGACCCCAAAUAUUUCUUGAGGAGCUUGUCUCAUUUAUUUUAAGAAUCUUGUAUCCUUGCCAAAUUUAUUUUGUUACACUUUGGACUGGUCCUACGAUACAAUCUGCCCAAGUAUAAUAUGUUUUGAAAGAUUAUUAAUGACAAUAAGAUCCCUAAUGGUUGUUAUUGUUAUAUGAGCAACAACUUAAGUGUCACCUAAAUUAACAUGGUCAUCUAAAAAUUUAAUGACAACCUUUCUAACCACUAACAAAAUUGUAUAGGAAAAAUGUUUCCUUUCAUGGAAAUCUCAACAAAAGUACUAUUUGCUGAGCCCAAUCAUCAUUGAAUCUGGAGAAACGUCAGUGAACAUUUUCAGUUUCUAGGAAGUCUCCAUAGUGUUAUUCCAUGAAAAAGUAUAUCAUUGUUUAAGCAAGGUACAUUUGCCAAAAAGUGCCAAUGUCUAAAUAUACAUGUCAUCUCACAAAAUAUUAUACAAUAAUGUUAUCCAUAAACGUUUUCAUUGAGUAAACUUUUACAUCAGAUCUCAAGGAAUCAUCAUCGCUUAUGUUUUCUUUGCGAUUAGCAUUCACCUCUUUGUAGGAAAGCCAACUCUAAUUUGGGAUAGAAACAUACCUCACCCUUGGAUUAUUUCAGAACCACUAUGCUUCUCCAUUAUUUUAAUGCCCAUAUCCUUUAGUUAUACUAAUUUAGAUUCUUAAUAUUUAGGACUUUGAGACACCUUAGUUGCACCCAACAGUAACUCUUGAUGGGUGGAUAUAGUCUGGCCUAAAUACAAAACAAUCUAAAAUCUACUAUUACCAUAACACUUUUACACUCAUUAGUGCAUAAAUAAAAUACUACCGUUAUUGAUUUAGAGCUUGAGUCCUUAAAAUAUAAUGAGUUAAAUAACUACUCAUGAAAAUAAUGUGAAAAUGGUGCAUAUGUGUCGAGAAAAGGGUGCUGACCUUACUAUUGUUGUAUGAGUUUAAAUUCCCAUACUGUAAAUGUAAGAAUGCUCAAAAGUGGUCACCCACACUCAUUCUAACAUGUAUUUCUCACUAUUUUAGUACUUUGUUAUUUUCUUAUUUCUAAUCUAUUGUUGCACCUACAAUAUUAAUGAAUUAACUCAUAAAGUAAAAUUCACCCAUUUUCUAAAAAAAUAGAAGGGUUAUGCAUCAAUUCAAUAAUGAGUCGUUUGUUUGUACAAACUUUUCUAAAUUUCAUGUUCAUAAAACAAAAUUUGAAAAUAUAAGUAAUUAUUUUACGCUUUCAUUGCUUUUGCCAAUAUCAUAACAAGAUAGGUUCUAAAAGCUAACAACCACUUCUAAGGGAAAUUAACUAUCCUCUUGAACCUCUAGUAUAUGAUGCUUGACACACGAAAAACCAAGGACCCAUAACCCAUGACAAGCAAUGAGAUUUACAAUUGGUCCUCUUCCUUCACUUGGAAACUAAGAAUGCUUUAUGUGAACUACCUGAGCAUAGAAGACUCUAGUGAGAAGGUGGUAGUUGAUGACCGUCCUAUUUCUUUAUCCACAUAGGGUACUAUUCCACUACGAGAAGCACGUGAACUCUAUGAUAGUGGGCUAAUGACUAAUGAGAAGGCUUCACUAUAUUAAUGUAUUUUUCCUUCCCUUUCCUUUGUUUGCUUUUCUCUUCUUUUAAAUGUUAGCUAAGUGUUAUUUCUGCUGAUUUUUAGAGAAGACCUUUUCUAAGAUUUUAAUGUCUAUUCUAAUGUACACAUGUCAAGUGAGACAUACUGAUGUUUAGAAUAGUUUGGUAAGAUGCAAAACCCACUUCACUAGUUAAACCUCUCAUUGGAUAUGUAGACUAUCUUCCUUGAGGUACCAAUCAAAACAUUAAAAGAAAUUUGUGAUCUCAAUUACCAAAUAAAUGUCCAAGGCUUUCUCCAUAACCAGACUGCACAAAACGCAGUAUGAAAUUUAAAUGAAGCAAAAAGUCUGCCCCUGAAGAAUGUUUGGAGCGUUGGAAUGCACGACUCAAUCUAAUUCAGGGCUUGGAUCAUUGUGACAACUUGAUCACAAAAGCUUCUACAUUCUUUAGUCUUGAUUGAUCUCAAUUGUACUUGAAGGAAGGCAAAAUUAUGUAAUAUGUAAUUAGUAUACACUGACGUGAAUUAAGUCUUUAAGCUAAAUAUCAUGAAAUCACCACCACUAACUUUUCCUUUUAUUUAAUCUUAUCAUAUAGAUCUAUCUUCCUUGUUUUUGUUGAAGUCACCGGGUUUCUUUCAAUAAUAAGCUUCUGAAUUAAAAUGUUAGCAAUUUCUUUGUAGCAAAAUAAAUCAAGCAACCACUAACACCUCUCAUUCCAUCACUUUAGCGUCCAUAUGAUCACACACUGAAUUAAGGUGUCACCAAUAUUUCUUUUUAGGUGAUGCACAAGCAAAGUCUCAUUUUUUUUCCUUUGAUGUCUCUCCUACACUAUUUAUGUUCCCGACAUAUUUUUCAAUUCGUUAUGAUUUAUAUUCUGUUCGUAAAUUUAUAAAUCGUUAGACGCAUCCGUGAGUAAAUUUAUAUAAAAAAGUACGACAUCAUAUGAACUAAAAUUUAGUCAAAAUUAUGUAUCAUAAGUUCUAUCAUGGACGUGUUAUAAGUUAUUGUAUAAUGAGUGUUUAAUCCACUGAAAUUAUUGGUACGAAAUAAAUAUGAGGAAGCAUGUCAAAUCGUCACAAGAAUAGAUGUCAAUCACAAAAUCAGAGCAUCCCACCUUCAUUGCUUCUAUUGGUAAUGGAAAAAGAAUGGAAAACUAUGUACCGGCAAUACAACAGAGCUAUUGUUGUGUUCAUAUGAAUGCUUAAGGACCCAGAAACGACAUCCCAUUGGCAGAGUAGGCAGGCUAACAAACGUGAGCCCCUUACACACUUGAUGGAAAUCCGUGGUCAUGCUUCAUUUGACCCAAUAUGACACAAAAUCAAUGGGAACCUAUAGCUAAUAGUACUGUAUGAUUUGAUAGGGCCACCAUAGGCAUUCCAUCUAUAAGCGAGUUUCGGGGCACGCACAUUUCCCUUAAGGCUAGUCAUCCACGUUCGCCUGAGUUCUUCACAAGGCCACAGUCCCCCAUAUACGCCAUAACUGGACCGUGGCGCGAUUCAGAGAGAACUUGGGCAAAAGAGACGACUUAGGGGAUGGAGUGGGGGGAUAAAGUAAAGAAGACUUGUAGCAAAAAAAUAUACAGGAACAUUUCUGAUAGAUAGUUUACAACCAUGAACGACCACAAAAACCCACCCUGUCAUCUACCCCAGGCAGAAACCUCGAGAGCUGACCUCCAUUUCAGGGGCUCAUCGGGCUCACUUGCCGGGGACGAAGUUGGUGGCGUAGGCCCAGGCGUUGUUGUUGACGGGAUCGGCGAGGUGGUCCGCCAGGUUUUCCAGCGGACCCUUCCCGGUGACGAUGGCCUGAACGAAGAAGCCGAACAUGGAAAACAUGGCCAGCCGUCCGUUCUUGAUCUCCUUCACCUUCAGCUCCGCGAAGGCCUCGGGAUCGUCGGCCAGACCCAGCGGGUCGAAGCUGCCGCCGGGAUACAGCGGGUCGGUGAUCUCACCCAGUGGUCCGCCGGCGACGCGGUAGCCCUCGACGGCGCCCAUGAGGAUGACCUGUGUGGCCCAGAUGGCCAGGAUGCUCUGGGCGUGCACCAGGCCGGGGUUGCCCAGGUAGUCCAGGCCGCCCUCGCUGAAGAUCUGGGACCCGGCCUUGAACCACACGGCCUCGCCGAACUUGACGCCGUUGCGGGCGAGCAGCUCCGGGAAGACGCAGCCCAGGGCGCCGAGCAUGGCCCAGCGGGAGUGGAUGACCUCCAGCUCCCGGUUCUUGGCGAAGGUCUCGGGGUCGGCGGAGAGGCCGGCGGUGUCCCAGCCGUAGUCGCCGGGGAACUCGCCGGUGAGGUAGGAGGGGGCCUCGCCGGAGAAGGGGCCCAGGUACUUGACGCGGUCGGGGCCGUACCAGGGGCUGCCGGAGGAGACGGGCUUGGGCUUGGCAGCGGCCUUCCUCAUGGAGAUCCUCCCCUCUCCGAGGACCUCGGAGGCGGCGGGGGCGAGCUUGACCGCCUUCCCGGCGAGAGAAGGUGAGGAGAGGGCCAUGGUGGCUGCCAUUGUGAUGGUGAAGGCGAGUAGUGUAGCGAGAGCGAGGAUGAGUUCUGGCGUUCGAGAUGAGGAGAUAGCGGCUUGA